AUGGCUCCCAAGGCACCUUCCACCGCUUCCUCCCCCUCCUCCCCUUCCCACUCCCUCCUCACUGCGUUCUUCUCCCGCCCGUCCCCAGUCUACAUCUCGGCCGCCGUCCUGCGGCUCGUCCUCCUGCUCUACGGCCUCUGGCAGGACGCCAACUCGCCCCUCAAGUACACAGACAUAGACUACCUCGUCUUCACCGACGCCGCGCGCCUCUCCGCCGCGGGGGCGUCCCCCUACGGCCGCGAGACCUACCGCUACACCCCGCUGCUGGCCUGGAUCCUCGCGCCCACCGCCCUCGGCGACCCGGCCACCCCGCUCGGCGUCGCGCUCUUCGCCUCGGGCAAGGUGCUCUUCGCCGCGGCCGACCUCGUCGCCGGCUGGCUGCUCGUGCGGAUCCUGACGACGUCGUCGUCGGCCGAGGGCCUGGGUCCGGGUACGACGAGGCUCAUGCCGCCCGAGAGGGCGAGGCGGUUCGCCGCCAUAUGGCUGCUCAACCCCAUGGUCGCGACCAUCAGCACGCGCGGCAGCUCCGAGGGCCUGCUGGGCGCGCUGGUCGCCGCGCUGCUGUGGGCCGUGCUGCGCCGGCGCGUGGCCCUGGCGGGCUUCCUGCUGGGCUUCGGUGUGCACUUCAAGAUCUACCCCUUCAUCUACGCCCCGGCGAUCGUAUGGUGGAUGGACGACGAGCGGAUGGGUCGGGCCGGCGCCGCCGCCGCCGCCAAGGACGGGAGCCUGCUCGCUGUGGUCAAGAAGUUCUGCAGCCCGGCCCGGGUCCAGCUGGCCGUCGUGAGCCUGGCUACCUUCCUCGGGCUGAACGCGCUCAUGUACUCCAUCUAUGGCUUCCCCUUCCUCCAGCACACCUACCUCCACCACGUCACCCGCAUCGACCACCGCCACAACUUCAGCCCGUACAACAUCCAGCUGUACCAGGCCUCCUCUCCCGCGUCGCUACUACCGGGCCACAACGGCAGCAGCCUCCCGCGCGCCGAGUCCCUCGCCUUCCUCCCGCAGCUGCUUCUCUCAACCUUGCUCAUCCCCUUCGUCAUGGCCAAGAAGGACCUGCCGACCACCAUGCUGGCCCAGACCUUUGCCUUUGUCACCUUCAACAAGGUGUGCACGAGCCAGUACUUCCUCUGGUACAUGGUCUUCCUGCCGCUCUACCUCCCGCGCUCCUCCCUGCUGCGCCGCCCGGCCCUCGGCUGCGCCGCCCUGGCCCUCUGGGUCGCGUCCCAGGGCGCCUGGCUGCAGCAGGGCUUCCGGCUCGAGUUCCUGGGCCGCAGCACCUUCGUCCCGGGCCUGUGGCUCUCCACGCUGGCCUUCUUCCUCGUCAACUGCUGGAUCCUGGGCGUCAUUGUCGGCGACGUGGCCGAGAAAUGA